GGGCCUAGAACGCGCUGCUCUUUUGCUCCAGUCUCGUCAAAAUAAUACCAAUUGCUUAUUUUUUAUUCGAGUGCUUGUAUUACCAGUGAUCCUCGUGUAAAAUGAGUUAAUAACUGCUGCUAAGAUGCACACUUUUGGCCUAUUGUAUCUGAGCCUUUUGGGCCUGGUUGAGGGAUAUGGCCAUCAACCGCUGUUGCGAAAUAUCAUAAAAGUGCGGGCCAGCGGCUUUUUGCCCUACGAAUCGGAUCUACUACUGCCCUUGAAUAUUCUCCGGCAAUUACAGGAUCGAUCAUCGCGUUAUAUUGGCCAGCGAUCCAAGCCCUUAAUUAGGCCAAAGGUCAAGCAGCAAAUCAGAUUGGAGAGAGCUCAUCCUCUGAGGGAGGCCAAAGGCGUUCAGCUAUAUAAUCUCAUCGAUGAUGAUGGUGAAUUACUGCUGAAUCUAAAGGUUCAUAAUGAUCAAAAGGGGAAUCCCACGGGAAAUUAUCAGGGCAGCUCGCCGGAGGAAAAGUACCAGAGUAAAUUCAAGGACUACGAUUCACCAUGGCUACCCUCGAAAUGGAGACCCACCAGUGAAUUUCCCCUGGGCGUGACCUCCUCAUCGCCACGCCCACUGCCCCUGCAUCAGUAUCUGGGCCAAAACAACCGCUUCGACCAAAAUACGGCUAAAAAAAGACGGCAGGACUUUUGGCCACAUAAGUAAAAA